GUUGGUGGCGUCUUUCUGAACUUUCUUGCUGGAAAAAAUGUGGCGUACCUCGGGAAAAAUACCGAGUAAUAUUCGGGGGGCCAGCAAGGUUACCAAGAGCAAUGGCAAUGCUGUGAGGUUGAAGAAGUGUUGGUUUUGUACCAACCCAGAAGCCCCCUUGCCUCCAAAAAAGUCUGGCAGCCAAACAUUGUUAAAAAUAAUUGGUGGCGCUGUAUUGGUCGGUGGUGGCGCUGUGACUGGUACCAUCUUGUAUGCAAAAAGCAAUCCGGAAUUUAGAAGACAAGUUGAGAGCAACUGGCCAUUUUUAAACCCACUUUUUGAUACGUUCAUGUAUGACCUGAAUGAGGGCAAGCAAAACGCUGAUGUGUCAUUUAAAUCAGGCCCACUGAUUAACAUCGAUAAAGAAAAAUACCGUGAAGAGAGUUUGAUGAGAAAACCAGAACCGAUUCCAGAACCAGUCAUACCAAAGGGAAGUCCUCCACCUGCCUUGAAAAGUGCUGGAGAAUCAGCAGCAGAGACCAGUGACCGCGAGGCUAGAAGGAAGGCAGAGAAUGAGGCUAGAAUGGAGGAAGUCAGGAAAAAGGAUGAAGCUGACAGGAAGGCAAAAGAGUUGCAAGAAAAAAUAAUUGAUCAAGAGAUAGAAGAAGCUGCGGAUGCAGCAGCUUAUGAAGUAAUAGUUGGUGAGGCAAUGAAUGCUGCACUGACUGUAACAAAUGCGGCAGUGGAGAGCCAAAAACUUCUGGGGGAAAUUACCAAGGAGCACACAGAUAUGAUCAAGUCUGCUAUGGAAGAUGGGAUGAUGGAAGACAGGCAAGGCCAAUGGAAGGACGUAGUGACAGCGGCAGAUCUGAAGGUAGAGGCUGUCAAGUCUGCCACAGAAACAACAAAUCUUGCAAGAGAGGAACUUGAGAAGCUAAGAAGUGUUAUUGCUGAAAGUAAGAAGACAAAGAGUCAGUUUGGAUUUGGAGAAAAAGUUAUCAAAGCCGAAGAAGACCUUAUGAAAAUGAAUUACGAAUUGGACAAAGCAAUAGCUGAGACAUCAUCUUUAGAGAAAGAAGGUCAGAUUUACCAGGAGUACAGAGACCUUGUGGAGAAGGGCAAGACAGAGUUCAAGAAAGAAUUGGAAAGCAUUAUGCCAGAGGUCAAACUAGGUGAAAAAGGUGAGAAAAUGUCAGAAUCAGAAUUAAAUUCGCUUAUUGCACAUGCUCACCGACGAAUUGAGCAACUGCAGAAGCAGCUGGUAGAGCAACAAGUCCUGGAACAAUUGAGACUCAAAGAUGCUCUGUUAAAGAAACAGCAGGAAGAUGAAGAAAAGACAAAAGAGUUUGUGGCAGCGGAGUUAGAGAGGCAGAGAAAGGAAUUGGAAAUUGAACUUCACAAGAAGUUACAAGAACUUGAUUCUGAUUAUGAGCAAGAAAUGCGAACGCAGUUGAAGCGACAAGCGGCGGCGCACAGUGAUCACAUAUCAGAAGUAUUGAAAGUUCAAGAACGACAGUACGAGGAGAAGAUAAAGAUUCAGGAUGUUGAGAUUAGAGCGGAUGAACAAGAGAAAUACCAAACAGAGCUGCACGUUGCAAUGGCAAAGCUCCGGGGUGUAGAGAAAGCUAUUGAAGGACGGGCAGACCUUGAAAAACAAAACAAGAAAGCACAGGAAUUGUGGUUAGCAUGUGAGACACUCAAGAGAACUAUUGAAAUUGGAAGACCAGAUGGCAAAAGUUAUGAAGAUAAAUUGAAGCCACUAGCGAAUGAAGUAAUUGCUGUAAAAGAAGCUGGUGAUGAACAUCCAUUUGUUGCAGCUGUCAUCCACACUCUCCCGGAAGAAGCCCUGGCCCGAGGUGUGAUGACGGAAGAUGCCCUACGACAGAGGUGGAAGCAUGUUCGUAAAGUCUGUAGUCGAAUGUCGAUGAUUGAUGAAACAGGUGCUAGCUUCUACAAAUACGUAUUAUCUUACAUACAGUCAUUUCUAGUUAUUGGUACACGGCAUGCCCCAGAGCUCGACGAAGACGUCUCUCCCGAUUCUCUUGAUACUUUUAAAUUAUUAGAUUUUGCCACUCAUUAUAUAGAAGAGGGUGAUUUAGAGCAAGCUGUCAAGUUUGUUAACCAGUUGUCUGGUAUGCCAAAAAUAGUAGCAUCUGAUUGGUUGAAAGAAGCAAGGCUAUUACUUGAAACUAACCAAUCAGCAUCUUUACUGUCUACAUUUGCAACUGCAUCAGGAGUUGCUGGUUUGCAUUUGUGAUCUCAUUUACGAGAAAAUAAUCAACAGAUUAAAAAAUUAUUAUAAAUCCUGUUUGUAGCAGGCUAUGUUUAUUUAAAUAAAAGUAUGUACUUUGGUAGAUAUCCCAAAAACCUAUAUACCAAGAUGUUAGAAACACCCCACUGGUUGUACAAUUGCUUGUGCUGUCUACUGUCCAAAUUGUUGACUAUCUGAAAAGUUUCAAACAGUUUAAGCUCAAUAUUUUUUUAAAUUACAGUGAUUCCCAAAUACAUAUUUUAAUUCAAAUUUCUAUAAACUAGCCCUCUAGAGUAAAAUCAUAUUUUUUCAAUGAUUGAUUAUCACUUAAAAACGAUCAACCCAAAAUUUGUGAAAAACAAUACUAUACCAUAUAUGUUAGUUCUGUGAACGAACUUUGUGUCACUUUGAUGGUAAAUAUAUGCUGCCCUCUGCAGUUGCAAAUAUUCGAUGAAUGUAAGGCAUAUUAAACCAGAAUAGACAUAUUUGAAUAUUGUUAGUUACUUUCCAAUUUUCAAGUAGAUAGAAAUUAUCUGCUGCAUCACCAGUUCAUCUCAGUGACUAUUAAAAAUCUGCUAACAAGAUUUCACCUAAUUUAUAACUUUCAAAUUUGUAAAGUGCUAUAACAGUAAGGUAUUUCUACUUCCAAUGUACUGUAUUGAAAUGUUUCAUUGGUGUGAAUGUCUCUAAAGGUAUGGUUAAAAUAUUAUAUUUAAUCUACGUUAUUAAACCUAGGUUGUUGCUGUUUUUUCAAUGUGUUUGGAAUGGUAUUACCAUGUAAUGGAGUUUAGGGAUUAUUUUAUGCUGAAUUAAAACAAAUUAUGGAAUAUUACUGCUGUAAGAAAGUGUUUGUGAACUGUACUUAUAUACUAUUGGUAGGUCCAGAAAUUUGCCAACGGGGUCCAUAAAUGUAUCUGAAGCAAGUGCCCACCUAGAAGCUCAGUCAGGGUCCACGAAUGAAUUUUAUUUAUUUUUAAUUUUUUAAUUUAAUAAACUUCACAAAAAUACAGAAGUGAAGGAGACGA